AUGUAAUGGCCCCUUUAAGAAAUCUUCUCUCUCUCUCUCUCUCUCUCUCUCUUCUCGCGAUACUGUUUGCGCGAUUUGGAUGCGUGCGCGCGACCAGAGAAGCCAUUCUCACUGUACAUGAGAGCUCCAUGUGGUAGUGCAUGCAUUUCGUCUAAUCUAAUGUAGUUUCAUCAUCUUUUCGGUCAAUGCUUUUGGAUCGCGUGUCUGACGAGUGAACCUCGUGGCAAAUAGUAAAGGAUUAUUGGCCACUGCCGUAUUCCAGUCUAUAUUACCAUUUAAGUUUUUUUUCAAGUAAUUUGGUUAUUUCCGGUGGACUCUGGUGUGUUUUUUUUUGUUAGUCUUUCACCUUGCAUCUUACUGUAUCUCAGUGGUUGCAUGUCCUCCUCUGAACUACAUCUAGUCGAUUUGAUGUGACACUUAUUAUUGUCGUAAACUUAUCUUUGCAACAAUUGAUCGUCAUUUCUCAGAAUUUGAUUGCUUAAAUUGUGGAUAAGAGUUUUUCCUUUUUGUAUGAUAAUAAGUGAAAUUUUUAAUUAUUCAAAAUCUCCUUUUGUAAGCUUGCCUAUUCAAGUCUUGCUCCCAUCGACCGCUGUCAUUAUUUGAACAGCAGUCAGAUUAAACAAACCCCAAGUUUUGAAAAGCAUAAUUUUGCUUCCGGUGUGUGUCUCUUUUCUUCCACCCGGUUACAUUUUUGGUACCAGGAGUGGGGUAUCUGACAGUUGGGAGCUCUUAGGUGUUUAGUGCGUUUUUUUCUGGAAUACGGUAGUGGUGGGUACGUGAGCUGCAGGGACCCGGAGUGGAGGCGGUCAACCGUGCUUUAAGUGUCCAGUGUGACGACGUCGGCUGAGGGUUCGUGGCCAAGGGACUGGAUCGCUGGACGAGGAGGGGACAUCGCCAUCUGUGGCUGAAGCUCAGGAGUGUGCUGUAAUCUUCUAUGACUGUUUUGUGUGUUCUGCAAGAAGAGGAAGCAGUGUUACACAGACAUUCUUUAUCACAUAUCCUUUGAACUAAAGAAAAGAGACAUUAAACAGACUUUGUGCUGCCAAAAGGACAUUGAAAUUUAAUUCAACAUGUCACAGUCUGAUGAUGAAGAUCCAGUACAGGGUGCUGCUAGUGAACAGGGUUUAAGUCAUGAUAUGGACGAUGUGCAGAGACAAAUCCAAGAGCUUAGCAGAAAACAUGCUGAAGCUAUGGCAGCUAUUGCCAACCUAAGUGGAGAGCCAACUAGGUCUUACAUAUAUGUACCAAGGGAACGCCACAUUCAGUCUUUCAGUGGUGAUUUUAGCAAAGAUGGUAGAAAUGUGGAUGAAUUCAUUGAAGAAGUGGAAAGGGUAUUGCUUGUAAGAAACCAGACUUCCGAAGACCAAACUGACUUUGUUCUUUCCCUAUUGAAAGGUGCCGCUUUGGAAGAGGUUAGAUUAAGGCGGGGGGAUCAACCCCAGUGUGCGGAAGACAUAUUUUUCUACCUUAGGGAGGCCUUUAGGGAAAAGCGUAGUCUUGCCCAGUUACUGCAGACUUUCUAUACUCGCAAACAGUUAGAAGGUGAAGACCUGCGUGCAUACUCUCAUGCCUUGUCACAAAUAUUGAACUCUCUCUUGAAGCAGUCACCCGAUGCUGUUGCAAAUGCGAAUGUCGCUUUACGAGACCAGUUCAUUGAGGGAACAAGAGAUGCAGCGCUUCGAAGGGAACUUCGUAAAUUGGUGAGGGACAAGCCACAGUCGACUUUGAUUGAAGUAAGAGAUGAAGCUUUAAUGUGGUCUCUUGAAGAUCCCAAGCUGCGUGCUGGUAAAGUAGCCCUUAACCGUAAAGUAAGCUCCGAAGCUACAGAAGUCCAGUGUGCGUCUGUGGUGAUGCCAGCGAAGAGCUCUGUUACGCUUGAUGAAGUUCUAAAAUUAGUGGCGGAACAAGGCAAAGCCAUAGGGGAGUUGACUCAAGCUGUUCAGAAAUUGACUUUACAUUGCACUAAGCCUGAAUCUGUGAAUCGUAGUAAAUCUAAGGUGCAGCCUAGGUUUACUGAUGACGGCCAGCCUAUCUGUUUUAAGUGUAAUGGGGUGGGGCACAUAGCCAAAAACUGUGUGAGAAGAAACAAACAAGCAGUAAAUGAGGAUGCAUCAUCAGCCAUGCCACAGGGAAAUGCACACCCUCGGUCGCUGUGAGCCAAGCGAUGCGAGGGCAAUCUGUUGGCUCGACUCCCAAGGACUCAGAUCAUGAUCGACUACUCCAACAUGCUGUGGGGAGAUGUCCUGUAGUUGACUUGAAAAUCGGGGGAGUGAGUGUUUCGUGUUUACUUGACACAGGAAGUCAAGUGAGUACAAUUACAGAACAUUUCUUUAAAGAGCACUUAGCAGGUGAAGUAGACAACAUGCUUUCCACAUCCGGUUGGCUCAAAAUUACCGCUGCUAAUGGAUUAGACAUCCCGUAUCUUGGUUAUCUUGAGCUUACAGUUGAAACCAUGGGUAUCACUCUGCCAGAGUGUGGUUUUCUAGUAGUCCGAGAUGCACAAAGCUCUUCAGCCGUUCCAGCUCUCAUCGGCAUGAAUAUUAUAGGCAGAUGCAGAGAGUUAGUUCAUGCUGAGUUCGAUACCACCUUAGGAGGGGAGCUACAGUCUGACUGGAGAGAGGUUUUCCAGCAAAUGCAAAGUGUCAGUCCACGUGAGAAACGUUUUGUUGCACGAGUAGCUGGAAAAGAG